AUAAAUCUCCCGUUGACAUUUAUUUGCAGUAGUUGGCGAUCGGCUUGCGUCGGGUUGUUUCAACCAAAUUUUUAGUCGAAAUGGCGUUUCCCAGUAAGAUUAAGGUGAUGAAUCCCAUAGUCGAGAUGGACGGAGAUGAAAUGACUCGUGUUAUUUGGAAAUCUAUAAAGGAAAAGUUAAUUUGCCCCUUCUUGGAGUUGGAUAUAAAGUAUUUUGACCUUGGUCUUCUUAAUCGUGAUGCCACGAAUGAUGAAGUUACAGUCGCAAGUGCUGAAGCUACUCUUAAGUAUAAUGUUGCAAUUAAGUGUGCAACUAUAACUCCAGAUGAAGGCCGUGUUAAGGAGUUCAACUUAAAGAAAAUGUGGAAAAGUCCAAAUGGGACUAUUCGAAAUAUUUUAAAUGGAACUGUUUUCAGGGAACCAAUUAUUUGCAAAAAUGUCCCUCGGCUUGUCCCAAGCUGGACCAAGCCAAUCUGCAUCGGGAGACAUGCUUUUGGUGAUCAGUACCGAGCAACUGAUUUAGUUGUACAAGAACCUGGAAAACUCAUGCUUGUUUUUGUUCCUGGUACGAGUGUUGAGAAGAAGGAGAUUGAGGUUUUCAACUUCAAAGGUGCUGGUGGUGUAGCUUUGUCCAUGUACAACACUGAUGAGUCUAUUCGUGCUUUUGCUGAGUCUUCUAUGAACACCGCUUACCAGAAAAAAUGGCCACUUUAUCUUAGCACAAAAAAUACAAUUCUGAAGAGUUACGAUGGAAGAUUCAAAGACAUAUUCCAGGAAGUUUAUGAAACUCAAUGGAAAUCCAAGUACAAGGCAGAAGGUAUUUGGUAUGAGCACCGACUUAUUGAUGAUAUGGUUGCUUAUGCUUUAAAAAGCGAAGGAGGUUAUGUAUGGGCAUGCAAAAACUAUGAUGGAGAUGUGCAGAGUGAUUUCUUAGCCCAAGGGUUUGGAUCUCUUGGGUUGAUGACAUCAGUAUUGGUAUGCCCAGAUGGGAAGACUAUUGAAGCUGAAGCGGCCCAUGGCACAGUUACCCGCCACUAUCGUGUCCAUCAGAAAGGAGGUGAAACCAGCACUAACAGCAUUGCAUCAAUUUUUGCUUGGUCACGAGGCCUUGCGCACAGGGCAAAACUGGAUGGCAACGAUCGGCUGCUAGAUUUUACUGAAAAACUGGAAGCAGCCUGUAUUGGAACUGUUGAAUCCGGGGAGAUGACAAAAGAUCUUGCGCUUCUCAUUCAUGGACCAAGGGUUAGUAGAUCUCAGUAUCUAAGUACCGAAGAGUUCAUCGAUGCAGUAGCCAAGGAGUUGACCAGAAGACUGCAUGUGAAAUCAAAUUUGUAAAACGUGUGCACUUUGUGCCGUCUCAUCUCACUUUUAGCUUCAUAUACACUUGCCAAUAGAAAAUGCCUGAUACCUGUCCUCUAAUGCACACCACUCUUAUAUAGAUUCAUAAUAAAUAAUGUAUGAAUUCCACACCAAUAUGGA